AUGCUGCGUCGUCUAGGUCGCGUGUUCUCCACCACACCAUCAUCAAACACAUCGCACCUAAGCACUCAAGUAUCAACUAUGUCGACCGCAUCGGCCACGAACCAGCAUCUCGUCAACACAACGCCGGAAGAAUGGCGCAAGGCGAUCGCGGCCUUGCCGGCGCUGACCGAGACGGAGCAGCGCAUCCCCGCCAUCUUCCUCGCUCAUGGUCAACCCAUGUUGAUCACUCCCCCUGAGCUCUUAUCGGAUGAACGCAAAGCCAGUCUCGGCGAAGUGCAGGGACCUAAUGGUGCUGUAGGUCCCGCGACGUAGUACUCGAGCACUGAGCACUGAGCACGGCCAUCUCGGGGCGAAAUUUCUCGGGGCAAGUUAUCACUCACCAGCUCCCCCCCCCCCACCACGAUUCACAGCUUGUACAAUUCCUCAAGGACCUCGGACCGGCAUUGGUUGAAAAGUACAACCCCAAAGCCAUUGUUGUCUUGAGCGCGCAUUGGGAAUCCCGAGGGGGUGCGCUCGUCAGUGACUGGCAAGACGAGAACCCGCUUCUCUUCGACUGUCAGUCACACGCACCAAACUUCACCUUCACCGACAAGCGACGACUGACCAUCUCCUCCGUUUUUACAGACUUUGGUUUCCACCCGGCGUUGUACAAAGUCGAAUUCCAUUCCUCCCCCGACCACGCCCUCUCCGAACGAGUGGUGCACCUCCUCAAAUCCUCCAACAUCUCCGCUCGUCUCCUCGGACCUACCGAAAAACGCGGUGACGAUGGUCGAGGAUUCCGCAGCACAGGAUUGGACCAUGGCGUCUUUGUCCCCUUCAAACACAUGUUCACCGACAACUGCCCGAUCCCUAUCGUUCAAGUUUCGAUCAAUCAAUCCCUCCUUCCUCAAGAUGAAUACGACUUGGGAGCGGCUUUGGAACCUCUUCGCUCGGAAGGGGUCUUGAUCAUUUCAGGGGGUUUGACGAUCCAUACCUUCCAGGACUUCAAUGCCUUUUCGUUAUCGAAAUCACCGGAAAUUUACAAGGAGUUUGAGAAGAGUAUCAUCGAUGCGGCGGCGAUUGAUGAUCCGGUCAAGAGGAAGAAGGCUUUAUUCGAUACCGCACAGCAUCCGGGUUUCAGGAAGGCUCAUCCCAGGUCAGUGCAUUGGAUCGGGUGCCCGGUGGUGAAACAUUCAGAGAAGAUUCCCCUGACAAGACGAUUGAACUUGCGGUUGUUUAAAGGGAAGAGCACUAUGCGCCCAUUUGGAUCGCCGCCGGAGCCGCGGAUAAGCAAGGCGGGAAAGCGAGCACUCUGAUGGGUCAUCACGGAUGCAAGACGAUCGCCUUUGGUGUAUAA